AGGCUGAAGCUUCGUCUCUCACUUGAGGAUUUGCAAAGCCUUUCUCCGUAGCCGCCAAACCCCUCUCUCUCUACUUGCUAGGGUAUUCCGGUUCUCUUCUUCGAGCUCUCCAUUAUAACUCACAAGAUUUUUCAAUGGCGAAAGCUUCAGCCGGGACAACAAACCCAUACGGCCGGACUGGGGUGCGUAUCGUGGUUGCAGGGGACCGAGGCAGCGGUAAAUCGAGUUUGAUUGUGACGGUUGCAGCCGAGAACUUUCCGGCGAACGUGCCGCCGGUGUUGCCUCCGACUAGGCUGCCUGAGGACUUCUUCCCUGACCGCGUGCCCAUCACAAUUAUCGACACUUCGUCUCGUGUGGAGGAUGAUGGUAAAGUUGCUGAAGAAUUGAAGCGGGCUGAUGCAGUUGUGUUUACUUAUGCAUGUGAUGAGCCUACUACUCUCGACCGAUUGAGUACUUUCUGGCUGCCAAAACUUCGUAAAUUAGAGGUGAAAGUCCCUGUUAUAGUGGUGGGUUGUAAGCUGGAUUUGAGAGAUGAGAACCAGCAGGUGAGCUUGGAACAAGUGAUGUCACCAAUAAUGCAACAAUUUCGGGAGAUUGAAACUUGUAUUGAAUGUUCGGCAGUUAAACAAAUUCAGAUCCCUGAGGUUUUCUACUAUGCACAAAAAGCUGUGCUUCAUCCAACAGGUCCAUUAUUUGACCAGGAAACGCAGACUUUGAAGCCCCGAUGUGUGCGGGCCUUGAAGCGGAUAUUUAUUCUUUGUGACCAUGAUAAGGAUGGUGCCCUUAGUGAUGCAGAGUUGAAUGAUUUUCAGGUCAAAUGUUUCAAUGCUCCAUUGCAACCCUCCGAAAUAGUAGGUGUGAAGAGGGUUGUGGCAGAAAAACUGGCUGAAGGAGUCAAUGAACGCGGGCUUACUUUGACCGGAUUCCUUUUUCUUCAUGCACUAUUCAUAGAAAAAGGCCGACUUGAGACAACAUGGACUGUCCUCAGAAAAUUUGGGUACAAUAAUGAUAUCAGACUUUCAGAAGAUCUAAUCCCUUCAUCUUUCAAGAGAGCCCCUGAUCAGAGUGUGGAGCUGACCAAUGAAGCCAUUGAGUAUCUGAGAGGAAUCUUUGAAUUGUUUGACAGCGAUCAUGAUGGGGUCCUGCGACCUCGUGAAAUUGAAGAUAUAUUUUCUACUGCCGCUGAGAGUUCUUGGGAUAGAGCCCCUUAUGUGGAUGCUGCCGAGAGAAAUGCACUUGGUGGGUUACCACUUGAUGGUUUUUUGUCGGAGUGGGCUCUUAUGACUCUUAUAGACCCAGCUUGGUGCAUGGAGAAUCUGAUAUACAUUGGUUAUCCUGGUGAUCCUUUGUCUGCUUUCCGUGUGACCAGAAGAAGGCGUGUGGAUCGCAAGAAGCAACAGGCAGACAGAAAUGUUUUCCAGUGUUUUGUUUUUGGGCCCAAGAAGGCUGGAAAGUCUGCAUUAUUGAAUUCUUUUCUUGGAAGGAGUUUUUCUGAUAAUUAUGCUUCAACCAUCGAUGAGCAGUAUGCAGUGAAUGUUGUUGAUCAACCUGGGGGAACAACAAAGACCCUUGUGUUGAGAGAGAUACCUGAAGAUGGAGUUUCCAAACUACUAUCUGAUAAAGAAUCUUUGGCUUCUUGUGACAUAGCAGUGUUUGUUCAUGACAGUUCUAAUGCAUUCUCAUGGGAGAGAGCAACUGAGUUGCUGGUAGAAGUUGCUAGUCAUGGUGAGGAUACUGGCUUUGAAGUGCCCUGCCUCAUUGUUGCAGCUAAAGAUGAUCAGGAGUCAUUUCCUAUGGCCAUACAAGAAUCUACCAGGGUUAGUCAGGACAUGGGAAUCGAGGCCCCUAUACCCAUCAGUAUGAAGUUGGGUGAAACCAAUAAUGUUUUCCGUAGGAUUGUGAGUGCUGCAGAACACCCUCAUUUGAGCAUUCCUGAAACUGAAGCUGGGAGAAGCCGCAAACAGUACAAUCGGCUCAUAAACCGCUCACUUGUGUUCUUUUCAGUUGGAGCUGCGGUGGCCGUUGUUGGGCUUGCAUCUUACCGUGUCUAUGCUGCAAGGAAGAAUUCUUCCAACUGAGGAUUAAACAGUGUAGUUUAGCUCAUCCUCAUCGAUCUACAUAAAGUUGGUUGUGCUACAAUUUUUCGUCUUGAAACCCCUACCUUGUUGGGUUUCUUGAUACAGUCAAUUUUAUAUUUCUUCUGUUCCUUGUAGGGUUAUCUUGCCCCUUCAAUUAUGGUGUUCCUUAUAGCAUCUUUUCUUCCCCUCCUCCUUUGGGAGGCUUUUCAAAGUAGAAUACUGAAAAAUAAUAGUGAAUUUUACAAAUAUGAAAAUUUUGCGAAGUUUGUUCAAUUUGUAAAUGAAACUUCCUAAAUCGAUUUGGUUGAGGAUUUCAA